CUGUUGAGGAAAUGAAAAAGUACCUUGCAGGCAGGUGAGUGUCUUCCAGGUGCCACGCCUUAGCCGCAUCAUAUUUAAGGCGAGCACCUGCCUCCCGCAAGCAUUCUCCCACUCCGAGGAAAAAGAAAAAAGGAGCACGUUAUCCAAAAGAUCGUAUCAGAAUGCAUCGAGGACUCAUCCUGGUUGUGGCCGCCUUGGCGCUUCUGGCCACUGCGCGGGGGACGGAACAUUUGACGUUUGACAGCAGCACCAUGGCCAACGUCACCCGGGAAGGCUGCGACGAGACCAAUCUCUGUCUGGAGGACCCGCAAGACUGCGACCCUGCGAAUGCCACCUGUCUGUUUGCAUCCUUGAACGCAAGCAUGAUCAUGUCCCCCGACGGCUUCAACCUGUCUGUGGCUCUCAGUGGAAACUCCUCGGGAUUGAUCGCCUUUGGACUCACGCAGAAUUUCACCACGGAUGUCACGCAGCUGUUUGUGUGUGGAAUAGACAGCGACAAUAUAUUUUUCUUUCAAACCGUGAUGAGAAGCUCAGAUGGUACUCUGACGCCAAACGAGAGGAACACGACUCAGAUUCGCAACAGUCUGAACGGGACCCUCAUCCAAUGCGAGUUUAUCAUUCCUAAUGUAAACACAACUAUGAGCGGCGAGAUGAUGGACGGGACCACUUCCUUUGUGGUCCUGGGAAACGGGGAUGUGACCAGCAACCAGGCAGAAAGCUUCACGCCAAUUCUGAACAGCAGUCGGGUGAACCUCACCAACGCUGAAGGCAUCAUCACCAUCCCCGACCCCGUACCUCCAAGGGUUCUGAACAUCAACCGGGUCGGCUGUGGAAACAGCAAACUGUGCAUUGAGUCGCCCAACGACUGCGACCCCAUGAACGAUAGCGGGUGUCUUUUUACAUCUUUGGAAACCACCACCGACACCACGGCGGGAACCUUUGACAUCAUGGUGGAGCUCGCUGGCGAGUCCAACGGAUACGUGGCUAUGGGGCUGACGGCAAACGCGUCGGAGGGUGUCACCAAUUUGUUCAUCUGCGGAACAAACAGCAGCGACAACUCAUCAAUAAUCCGCCGACUGGACCGAAACAACACCGACAAUUCUCUCACUGAAGUGGUUGGGGGUCUGGCCGAUAUGGAUAUUGUUGUGACCGGAAUGUCCAUCCGAUGUACCUUCACCAUUAUCGGCAUCAACUCCACUGCCAGCAGACAAACUGUCACCGGAACCCAGAACAUGGUCUUGCUGGGAGAUGGAUCCAUAAAUGACGGUGUGAUUGGUAACUUCAAUACCAUUGAAAACAGCGGGACUGUGGACAUCACAAACCCCUCAGCUAACAUCGUCAUCAUUCCGGUGGUUGAGAUGCUCUUGAACAUCUCCCGGGAAGGCUGUGGUAGCACGAACCUGUGUCUGGAGAUGCCAGACAAUUGCGACCCCUUGACCGCCCCCAUGUGCCAGUUUGUGGCAUUCAAUGUCAGCGUUUCCGAUGCAAAUGAAUUCAACAUGACCGUCCGUCUGAGCGUAUAUUCCAUGGGCUACGGUGCCAUUGGACUGGCAACCAACGCAACACAGGCCACAAGCCAAAUUUUUGCCUGUGGAAAUGACAGCAACACUGGAGAGGCCUUUGUCAGAACCUUCAUCAGAAACACCGAUGACAGUUUAACUGCAAACGACAGGACCAUUAUGAAUCCCAUUGUCGAAGUGGUGAACAGGUCCAUCGAAUGCCAAUUCACAAUCAUCAAUUUAAAUGGGGUGCAAACCAGGGAGACCAACGGCACAAUCGCAAACGUUCUCCUGGCAAACGGAACGCUGACUGGAAGUACGCUCGACCCCUUGAAUGUCAUUCUGACCGAGCUAGUGAACCUCACCUCACCCACCGGUACCAUCAGUAACGGUGUUGAUGGUGGUGAUGGUGGUGAUGUGAUGAACGGUGCACGGGCCCAAAGGAGCAGUGACGCCUUGCUGGCCCUGCUGAGCCUCGUCACGCUGCUGGCGAUGCUCCAAAGCUAAGACGGGUCAGGACAAGCGGCAGACGAGGAGCCCGUCCGUCCGUCCGUCCCGAUGACAUUUACAGCGCUUGCUGUACGCCUGUGAAACCACCACAUCGUGUGUUCCGAUAGCCUUUUUCUCUUGUCUGUUUGCAUAUAAUAUUUUUCAACACAAAAGCGUUGCCCGGCACUUCGACAGCCCGUGUGACUGGUGUGACGGGGAGCGGCGCCAUGAAGGCAGCUCAAUAGACGCGUCUAGUCUGACGAGUUGGAACUGUUUGAGUUAGAAACCCAGCCCUGAUCAUAAUUAUUUCUUGUGCGUCUUUGUUACGUGUCAGCAAUGUAAAUUAUUUAUGGAUAUCUAAAAAUGUGCACCAAUAAAGUUGAAAGUAUGAAUCCUGUUCUGGCCCAGUU